AUGUGCGAUAUCAAAGAAGAGCCGAAAUUUUUCAAUAGGCCAUAUUGUAAAAUAUCGAAGAUAUCGAGGAGAUCGACCAGAACAGUUCUGACCCAUAUAUCUCAGUGCGUCAUGGUUAGUAAUGCAGUAUUAGUAGCGAUUAUUCUGGUGUUAAUAACAACAGCUUUAUUUACAAUUCGAACUACAAGUAGUGGUUUGAUUCCAGUGAGCAAUGCCAGUAAAGUAACAAAUAAACAACCAACUUUUAUCAUAGCAGGUCCAUCUGAGAGUGGCAAGACUAGUUUAUUUACACUGUUGACAUCUGACUCGCUAAGACCUUCAGUAACAUCCUUAGAGCCCAAUGUAGCUCAUGAUUUUAAGAUCCCAAUUACAACCAAAACCUUUACUGGCAGAUUGAUAGAAUUCCCAGGCCAUUUAAAACUACGCAACAAAUUGUUUGAAACUUUACAAAAUUCUAGUAAUAUUAAAGGAUUGAUCUUCGUUGUAGAUGCAACUGUAGACCCAAAGGAACUGACAUCGACAGCGGAAUUUUUAUUCGAAAUUUUACAAGUUACUGAAAGAUUUCCUAAUGGUGUUGAUAUUUUAAUAGCUUGUAACAAAUCUGAAUCCUUCACCGCAAGACCACCUUUGAAAAUUAGAUCUGCUCUUGAGAAGGAAAUUGAAAGAAUCAUUAUUAGAAGGCAAAAAUCUUUGGAAACUGUGAAUGGAGCUGAAAAGACAGAUGAUGAUGGGAAUUUGCAAGAUGAACCACAAGUCUUCAAUUUAGGUUUAAAGGAUGGCUUCAAAUUUGAGUCUCUUGAAGGUAAUAUUGAUGCUGUGGAAGGUAGUGUAAUAAAGAAAAACAUUGACAGAUGGGAAUGUUGGAUGGAUGAAAGAACGGUUAAUUAG